AUGGUUAUCCUCGCAGCAUCGAUAUGUACACGGGGGGGCAAAGCGGUGCUCUCCCGCCAGUUUCGGGAAAUUUCUCGGUCUCGGAUAGAAGCGUUGUUGGCAUCAUUUCCAAAGCUGGCAGACUCCGGCACGCAGCACACCAUCGUCGAACAGGACAACGUCCGAUUCGUAUACCAGCCAUUGGACGAGCUAUACAUUGUCCUUAUCACAAACAAACAGUCCAAUAUCCUCCAAGACAUAGACAGCUUGCAUAUCUUUGCCCAAGUUGUUACCAGCAUUUGUAAGAGUCUCGACGAACGGGAGAUAUUACGCAAUUCGUUCGAGCUGUUGAGCGCCUUUGAUGAACUUGUUACGUUGGGCUACCGGGAAAACCUGUCUUUGUCACAAAUAAAAACUUUCCUUGAGAUGGAAAGUCACGAGGAGAGAGUCCAGGAGAUUAUUGAGAGGAACAAGGAACUCGAAGCCACCGAGGAGCGAAAACGGAAGGCGAAGCAAUUGGAACUGCAGCGCAAAGAGGCCGCCCGGAGUGGUCGUGGCGUGACUCCACGUGCUCCAUCAUACCCGGUCUAUACUCCGCCAACCCGGCCUACACCAACUGAAGCAAUUAACUCUUACGAGGCGGAGAAAAAGAAGACGUUCGGCAAGCCCAUGGCUCUACGAGGCAAGGGAAUGCAGCUCGGAAAGAAAUCUAAAGCCACCGAUAUGUACGAGAAGGUUCGAGGGGAUUUGGGCCCUGAAUCUGAAGAAAUCCCCUUGGUUUCUACCGCUACGGCACCCGCCCAUUCAGAUGCCGUUGCGCAGUCUCGCGCCUCCGUGUCCGCUGACCGCGAGCCCAUCCACGUUACGGUGGCUGAAACUAUUUCCGCCAAACUCUCCCGCGAUGGCGCAGUGAAGUCAUACGAGAUCAAGGGCGAUCUCCAGCUGCGCAUCACCGAUGACACAUUUGCCAAAGUAAAGCUUGGCUUAACAGCCAACCCUACGCAUGGGGCCGUCUUCCGCACCCACCCUAAUGUCGACAGAGCUCUAUUUACCAAUUCCAAAACCAUUCAACUGCGGGAUACUUCCAAGAGCUUCCCUCAUAACAUCUCCAUUGGCGUUCUUCGAUGGCGUGUCACGGGCACAGACAGCCCAGACGUCCUCCCGAUCACAUUUACCGUCUGGGUUAAUCGGGGGGCUCAAUCGAGCACGGUCACCAUCGAGUACGAGCUGAACGGGUCAGACCCCUUGCGAGACGUCGUUGUCGCCAUUCCCUUCGGCACCGUUGAGCCCACAGUGACGAAUUUCGAUGCCAUUUACGAAGUGACUGGGGACAGCUUGGACUGGAAUAUUGGCACAGUUGACGAAUCGAAUCCAUCGGGUAGCUUUGAGUUUGAGUCAGAGGACCCAAAUAGUGACGAGAAUGAGUUUUUCCCGAUGAGCGUGAGGUUCCAGAAGGCGACGCCCUUUGUGGAUGUUGAUGUGCAGACUGUGUCGUUGUUGGAGAUGGAUGGGCAGACGGUGAAUUUCUCUAAGGACUUCAAAACUAUUGCGGAUGGAUAUGUGGUUGAGUAA